AUGGGCUGCACGCUGAGCGCCGAGGACAAGGCGGCGGUGGAGCGGAGCAAGAUGAUCGACCGCAACCUGCGGGAGGACGGCGAGAAGGCGGCGAAAGAAGUGAAGCUGCUGCUGCUCGGCGCUGGCGAAUCUGGUAAAAGCACCAUUGUGAAACAGAUGAAAAUCAUUCAUGAGGACGGCUACUCGGAGGAAGAAUGUAAACAGUAUAAAGUAGUUGUCUAUAGCAACACGAUACAGUCCAUUAUUGCCAUCAUCCGAGCCAUGGGACGGCUAAAAAUUGACUUUGGGGAAGCAGCCAGAGCCGAUGAUGCCCGGCAGUUAUUUGUCUUAGCUGGCAGUGCUGAGGAAGGAGUCAUGACCCCAGAGCUGGCAGGAGUGAUUAGACGGCUAUGGCGAGAUGGUGGCGUGCAGGCUUGCUUCUGCAGAUCCAGGGAGUACCAGCUCAACGAUUCUGCCUCAUAUUACCUAAAUGAUCUGGAAAGAAUAUCCCAACCCAACUACAUUCCAACUCAGCAAGACGUCCUGCGGACCAGAGUGAAGACCACAGGCAUCGUGGAAACGCACUUCACCUUCAAAGACCUGUACUUCAAGAUGUUUGAUGUCGGUGGCCAAAGAUCAGAACGGAAAAAGUGGAUUCACUGUUUUGAAGGAGUGACGGCCAUCAUCUUCUGUGUGGCCCUCAGUGACUAUGACCUCGUUCUGGCUGAGGAUGAGGAGAUGAACCGAAUGCAUGAAAGCAUGAAACUCUUUGACAGCAUUUGUAACAACAAAUGGUUUACAGACACGUCAAUCAUUCUCUUCCUCAACAAGAAAGAUCUUUUUGAGGAAAAAAUAAAGAGGAGUCCAUUAACCAUCUGCUAUCCGGAAUACACGGGUUCCAACACAUACGAGGAGGCAGCCGCUUACAUCCAGUGCCAGUUUGAAGACCUGAACAGAAGGAAGGACACCAAGGAGAUCUACACCCACUUCACCUGCGCCACCGACACCAAGAACGUGCAGUUCGUUUUCGACGCCGUCACGGAUGUCAUCAUCAAGCACAACCUGAAGGAGUGUGGGCUGUACUGA